ACGAUUGUUUUCUUUUUAACGGACACAUGUGCUACUUCCGGUUCCGGUUGCUGUAAUCGAAGAUGGCUGCGCCCAUGGCAUCGCAUAUAAGGAGAUUGACAUAUGCGAAACAUCGUUAUUUUCGUCUUCUAAACAGAGAACGAUGCAUCGUAUUGCCAAAACAUUUCAAAAGGAAAUACGAGACGACGACAAACCAAGGUGACUCUUGGGAUGAGGAGGAUUCAGAAAGCCUGCAUCAUGAGGAUAUCAACAUGGAGAACUAUCCCGGACAUAUCCCAACCUCAACUUUCCAGAAGGUUCUCCUCACUCUCGGAUCUGCUGCAAUGUGUUUGUACAACCCUUUACGUGAUGACAUGAUAGCAACACUCGGUGAGGUGAGUGGUGCUUGGGCCAUCAGGAGGAUGAAAGAGAAGAUGGAAGAAGAUCCUGUUGGGAGGCUGAUCCUUGAGGAACAACCUGUCAUCAACACUAACACUGUGUCUAUAGAAUACCUGGGUAGUCUUCCUGAGGGAACAUUUGGAAAGGCGUACUGGAAAUUCCUCAGUAAAAAUGGAUUCUCCCCAGAUUCUCGUCAGCCUAUUCAGUUUGUGGAUGAUCCAGACUUGAAGUAUGUGAUGUUGCGGUACAGACAAACCCAUGACCUUUAUCAUGCUGUGCUGGGCAUGAAGCCCAGCAUGCUGGGCGAAGUUGCAGUCAAAUGGGUGGAGGCCUUCCAGACAGGACUUCCAAUGUGUACCCUGGGUGCAGUGUUUGGUCCUCUUCGCCUUGGCCCUGUACACCAGAAAAGACAUUUAGAAACUUAUCUUCCCUGGGCCAUUCGCACAGGAAGGGAUGCAAAGUUCCUAAUGGCCGUGUACUGGGAGAAGGAAUGGGAGAAAGACUUGGAUCAACUCAGGACGGAGCUCAACAUAGUGCCACCUCCUGUUCUCAAAUGACACUCUUAUCUGUAGUGUGAUGUUAAUGACCUUUGUAGACUUCAAGGUCAUUUAAGGCUGAAUUAUUUAUUACAAGUCAGAUGUCAACUGGAUACCAGCAUGCAAGCAGUGACAUCAAAUGUUGCCAAUUUUAUGAUAAAUUGAUUAUAUUAAUUGAACUUUGUUGAGUUGUAUAAUCGAUUUUUUGUCGAGACACAUAUAAGCCAAUCAGAGUUGAGAAAGUGUGCAUUUCAUGAAUCCCUUAGUAUUCAAUUAAGUAUAAUAAUGAAAGAUAAUCUCUCUGAAAAGUUUGGAUUAGAACAAAUAUUGAUAUAAUGGGUAAAAAGUCAAAAAGAUUCAGUAACAUUUCAUACCUUGUGUGGAAAAAAUAAAAUUUUUAUCAACAAGAUGUAUUGUGUUUAUGUGUUAAGUUUGAAAAUAAACAAAUAAACAGUU